AUGGGAAGCGUUGGCGCUGAUGGGGGAGGAUCGACGAAUAACACGCAACCGCUGCGGUUAUCGUUUAAACUGGGUGGAGAAAAGCUGUCGACAUUGUACACGGGACAGGUCUCCUCCCCGUUCUACACGCUGAAAUCUCGUCUUCCCGAUGUCGGCCAUCCAAUCGGAUCGACGGAUCUUCUCGCACACUACGGACUCGCGCAAUCGUAUCAACAUUUCACGGCGCCUGGACGAGUACGUGAACCAUUGGAGACGUUUCUUCCGCAUCUCUACGGCAAUUUUCACUUCACACAAUCGGACGAUUUUAGUUCACUCUUACGUUUGGUUCAAAAGCCGCCGAUCACUGGGAAAGAAAUCGUUCCUGCCGGACCAGUCGAUGAAGCGUAUAGACAUUUGUUCGACCGUCGUCGCGAGGAUCUCCCAUCCGAGAAUGCAAUGCAACGAAUGGAUCGAACACCCGCCGAAAUUCUCGUCUCACAACAACAGUCAUCGAUUAGGGCAAAGGAAAAACGCAAGAAGGAGCACAAGGAGAAGAAAGAAAAGAAGAAAAAGAAGGAGAAAAAGCGGAAACACCAAGAGGAUGGAGAUGGACAAGAGGGGACGGAAUCGAAGGGGGAAGAUGCAUUGACGGAAUUUCAGUCAUUCACGACGAAUUUACUUCGAUUUACUUCUUCACUUCAAGCAAAGAUUGAUUUACCGUUUGCUAUUCUCAUUUUU